CUGGGCCGGCGGAGGUGAGCGGCGCGAAGUGGGGAUCGCCGGCCGGCCGGCCGGAGCGCGCCAUGGCCGCGGAGCUGAGCCAAGCCGAGCUGCUGGACUUCCUCUGCCUGGCGGGCGGGCGAGUGGCCAACGCCGACAUGCUGGGCCACUUCAGGCGCUUCCUGCGCGACCCCCAGGCCGCCCCGGCGGAGCUGCAGCGCCGCCGGGAGCUCUUCAAGGGCUUCGUCAACUCCGUGGCCACCGUCAGGCAGGAGGGGCCGGGCGCGGCCACGUACGUGGUGCUCAGGAGGCGGUACCGGGAUCUGGUGGGAGAGGAGCCGAAGCCACCUGCCGCCGCCGCCGCCGAGGCGAGAGCGAGCCCCGCCGCAGAGCCGCCGCCGCCGCCGCCGCAGCCUCGCGAAGUUGCGGGCGGCCGGGCGCCGCAGGGCCGGGCCAGCAUCCGCUGCCAGCUCUCCCUGCAGGACCUGGAGGAGUUCCUCGAGCAGGGGAGCUCGGCCAGCGACGAGGGCAGCAGCGCCAGCGGCGGGAGUGACCCCGGCCGGCCGGAGGAGGAAUCCGGGCUCCUUCGGCACCUGCCCGGGAGGCAGACCGGCCCGGGCGGAGACGCGGCCAGGGACCCCUGGGCCGGGCCAGACGGAGACUGCCCCGAGCCCCCGCAGGCUGGCCCGGCGGUGCCCUGUGUCGGUGAGAGCGUGGCCACGCCGGACAGAGCCAUCCCGGAGCACCUUGCCUUGCUCAGACGGGUGGCCGCGAGAGCCUCCACCAGGACGAGCAGAGAUCUGCCCAAGCCUCGGCAGGCGGCCAGGCUGCCUCCCCCAGACCUGGACGCCUGCUCAAGCUCCCAGCGGGUCCCAGAGCAAGGAGCCUGGGCGAGUGCACCCCAGGCAGAAGGGCUGGGCCCUGACCCAGGGGGGCUGGCCGAACACCACUCCUCCUUGGUUCCCCUGGAGCCGCGCGAACACGCCUGGAUGGUCCAAGUGGCCACGGGCUCCUGGAUGCAGGCCCGGGCGCUGCUCCUCGAGGACCCGCAUCUCGCCACCCGCAAGGACUUCAUCUCAGGCUACACGGUGCUCCACUGGCUGGCCAAGCACGGGAACGCCCAGCUGCUGCAGGAGUUUGUCGCCAGUGCCCAGGAAGCCGGGGUCCCCCUGGAUGUGAACGCCAAAUCCGGCUGUGGUUACACCCCCCUGCACCUGGCCGCCAUGCACGGGCACCCGCUGGUGAUCAAGCUGCUGGUGCAGAAGCUGCGGGGCUGCGUCCAGGUGCGGGACAGCAGUGGCAAGAAGCCCUGGCAGUAUUUGAGCAGCAACACCUCGCGGGAGGUGUGGAACCUCUUGGGAGCACCCAGGAGCAAAACCACCUUCCCCACCCAUCCUGCCGCCACAAGGAACUCCUCGUCCCCCACCCGGAAAGGCAAGAGUCCUGAACUGGCCAGGAAAAUUAGCCGGAAAGCUUCCUUGGCAGCGUACCUGAAACCUCAGCACAUUAAACGGAAAAUGGCAAAUAGAUGCCCACCGUUACAGGAGCAGGAGGAGCACAGUGCCUGAGGACUGCAGCAAGAGCAGUUCGGCUUUUGGGAUCUCCGACAGACAGAGAUUCCGGAGGGUUUUGUUGUCUCAGCCUGUCUCCAAGUGGAAUGACUGUAUUUGGCAAGGACUGGGGUGUGUGUGCGUGCGGGGGGGGGGUCCUUUAUUUGUGCUGAACAGGGUUUUUUCUCCCUUAUUUAUUUAACUGAGUGGGACAGAACAGACACCAUGCACUUUAACCCUAGACGGAGGCUUGUAGCAUGGCCACAAAGAUCAAUCAUUCCCUUUCAGGCCUUCUGCAGCUCCACUUUAGCUGUUCUCAGGUCCCAGAGCAGCAAAACUACACUGCUGAUAUCUCUGCUGUAGCUUUUUCCAGGAUUAGGCUUGGAGGUAUCCCUUGGUUUGCCCUCCUUGGUGCUGGCAAGGGCAAAAGCUGCCCCUUUGGGGAGUUGGCUUUGAUGGGUAAGCAAAGGGGCUAAUGCUGGCACAUUUUGGUUCCAUAUAGACGUCUUCCUUCCCCCAUGGGGGCUUCUCAGUGGAGGAAUUUUAUAUUUGGGUGCUUGGGGAAAGGGGUGGCAAGUCAUCACCGAAACUGUAAUAAUGGCAGUAUUCAAUGUGACAUUUAGGAGAUGAAGAUGGGCAAGUUUUUAUCUGGGAUGUCAUUUAAUGUAAGCUGGCAGGUGCAAUUCCACUUUUGCCUUUAGGAUUGAGCUGGAGAGAGAGUGAGGCCGGGGAAUCAUAAUUAGGCUGUGAUUGCCUCAUUGCAGAGGGUUUUAAAACUUUUUGCAGGGGGUGAAUGUGUUAUCUUGGUGUUUGCAGGAGUGAAAGAAAUGUGCUCAUCUCUCCUCCCCAACACAAAAACAAAAAAUGAUGGCAACAGUUGGCUGUUAUUUUAUUCCUUUUCCAAGCCCAAUUAAUAAAUCUUAC